AUGGUUGAAGUUCUCGUCGCUGAACUGAAGCAUCAAGUUACAGCCACCAGCAUUCGAUCAAGCAUCCAUUCCUCAUUCCUAAGCACCUACAGUGUUCUUUACCAAAUGGCGCAAGAAGCCGGCCUAAUUCCUCCGCCGCCCCAUCUCUCAAACCCGCGCUUUACCUUGGAGCUCGAGUUUGUUCUCUCUCUCGCGAAUCCGUACUACAUCUCUCACCUUGCAGUUUCCUAUCCGCAUCUCUUGGGCAUCUCUUCUCAAUCAACGACGGACGCAGAGGGCGACAGCGUAUCCGCAUCAUCAGAAGCUCAAGCCUUUGCCGCAUAUCUUGCCUAUCUCUAUGACUAUUGGAAGCGACCCGAGUAUGUUCAGUUUCUGACACACCCGGGGGCUACAUUGAGAGCCUUGCGACUACUGCAGGAGGAAUCCUUUCGGACGGCGGUUAUCAGGCCACAAGUCAUCGAAGCGUUGUUAGGUACGACGGCAGAGGUUGACUUACGUGUCGAGGCGGAGGAGAACAAGGGUGAUAGCGAUGUACAGCGAGGCACGAAGGGGCCAAAUGGCGCCGCUACGUGA